UUUGUCUCCGUGGUAACAAGGACGCUUUUCAUAACCUCCGGUAAAAGGAGUUACCAUAGAAACUGGCUGACUAGCAGAACAGGGGAAUGUCGGACGUUGAGGAUGAAGUUCAGGAUGAGGAGCAGGAGUCUGAGCAGCAGCUGGAGGAGACCACCCCAGACAUAGCACGGGGUGAUGAGGAGGAAGAUGAAGAUGAGGAGGGAGAGAAGGAGGGGGAGGAGGCCGAGGAGCCAGAAAAAGAAGAGGAGCCUCCCCAUGUUCCCCUCACCGAGGAGAUGCUGAAGGAAGGGCUGUCGCUGCUCUGUAAGACAGGGAAUGGACUGGCUCACGCGUUUGUCAGACUGGAACUGAAAGACAAGGAACUUACAGAUAUCUCAGUUUUGCAGUCCUUUAUACACUUGCGCUAUGUGGACCUUUCCCAGAACGCCUUGCAUGACCUCUCUCCCCUUGGGGCUUUGACUCAUCUGCUGAGCUUGCGAGUGGAUCAGAACCGGCUGCUCAGCAUGAAAGGGUUGGGAGAGCUUCCUUAUCUACAAAUAGUCAGCCUGGCGCAGAACCGCAUUCAGACCCUUCAGGGACUGGCUCUCCCUCGUCUUGAAUCACUCAAUCUGAUAGGUAAUAAACUGUCUAGUCUGGAGGAUCUGGAUUGCAGCAAACUCUGUAGCCUGCACACCUUGGAGCUACGCGGGAAUCAGAUCGCAAGCACGGCUGGGCUGAACCUCUCCAACCUAAAAGAACUUUAUCUGGCUCAGAAUAAUAUAAAGACGUUAGAGGGGCUGGAAUCUCUUGUAAAUUUAACCAGCCUCCACCUGAGAGACAACCAGCUGGAGACUCUGGAUGGAUUUUCUGAGAAAAUGAAGGCCUUACAAUACCUUAAUCUCAGGGGCAAUCUGUUGGCCACUCUACAGGAGACACACAAACUCAAGUGUUUGCCGAUGCUCCGAGCGCUCGUCUUGCGGGAGAACCCCUGCGAGGAAGAAGAGGGCUAUCGCAUGGAGACCCUCAUCACUCUGCCUCAUCUGCAGCGGCUCGAUAAAGAUUUCUUUGAGGACGAGGAAAGAACGGAGGCUGCGGAGACGCAGAGGAUGAGGCUGGAGGAAGGGAUGGCUGAAUCAUCAAAUGAAUGAAGCUGGACUCUGGAAUAGGGACAAUCCUCCAAAAAAUGCAUUACCACAUGACCCCCUACACAGAGUGCUAUUCUGAUGGGCUCUGGCAUAAGUGGGGUUAAUCCAUUCCUGUUCUUGAGAUGAACUAAGACAACCAUUUCCAUGAGCGGCAGGGGUUAAUACAGCGUCCAGGACAUUUACAGAAGGGGUUAAUGUUAAUUAAAGAGAUGUAUCUGCUUUUUGCA